GCUGGGAGUGGUGAGAUGGUAAACUCAGCAGCAGAGUGCACCUUACCUGAGCUGGGAGCUUUCACUAGACUGCUGGGAAGCGACAAGCGCUGAAGCUAACUGGAUGGAAAUCUUCAUUUAUAGGAACGACUGAAGAGAGUGGAAACUGUGUGUGACUGCAGCUUUGUAGACAUCAAAUACACGAGCAUGAGUGAAUACUUGGGAGAAGGCUACAAUGGAUCCUCCGCCUCAGACCUACGUCUUCUUCUCUUGGGGAACAUCGGGUGCGGGAAGACGUCAUCGGGGGACACCAUCCUGGGCCAGCUGUCUCCCAUCUAUUCCAACUCCUCCAGGAGCUGCGCACAGCGGCAGGGCGUCACCGAGGGCAGGAGUGUGACCAUUGUGGAGGGGCCCAGAUGGUACUGGGUCAGAUCCAACAUGGAUGACGACGCCAAAAAAGAAACCGAACGGGCCAUGACCUUGGUAGCGCCGGGUCCACACGCCGUUCUGCUGCUGGUGCCCGUUUCCCAGUUCACUGAGAUGGAGGGUAGAGUUCCCGCAGAGCUGGAAAAGCUGUUUGGUACUGAAGUGAUGGAUCACACUCUGGUGUUACUGACAUGUGGAGACUAUUUGAUGGGGAAAUCAGCCGAGGAAUACCUGCAGGGAGAAAACCCAGGCCUGAGGCAGGUCAUCGAGCGCUGCGGAGGGAGGUACCACGUCUUUAACAACCGCCAGCGACAAGACAAACAGCAGGUUCAGGAACUACUGGAGAAGAUCGAUAACAUGGUCCAGAGAAGCGGGGUAUUUUACAUGAAAACAGCCCAGGAGCGAGAGCUGGAUAAACGGGUGCUGGAGCGAAAGCGAGAGCUGAUGGAAAGUUUUCGAGCUCAGAAGGAGGAGAAGAAAAAGUCUGUGGUGGUGAACAGCGUCCCAGACACAGACGUCUUUGGCAGAGGAGAGGAAGCUGUCAGCACCGUGGAGAGGAGAAGAGAAUACAACGAUGAAGUAGAAGGACGAGCAGCUGAGACUCAAGUUUCUAACGGGCUUUAUUCAUCUCCGGCACCUGAGCAGCCCUCAUGCUCAGAGCCACAAGAAGACACGCAGUUCACCAGGACACCCAGUUUCAGACUGAAUGCAGAUGGAGCCAUACUCUCACAGAUCUCUGAGGCUAAAUCAAAGCCUAAAUUGAUCUCCACUUUUCAUCACAGAAUCAACAGCUUUGAAGAGAAUUCCCCUGAGACAUUGCCUGUCUCUCCUCCUUGUUCGCCUGUUUUCUCCUCCUCCUCAUACUCCACACAAACCUUCGCCACCUCUCCUUUACCCAUAUCCCAGUCCUCGGCACCUCCUCCGUCUCCGCCUCCGUCUCUGCCGUCAUCCACCCCUGAGGUUCGUCUGGUCUUGCUCGGUCGAUCCGGGUCAGGGAAGAGCACAGCUGGCAACACCAUCCUGGGACAGGCAAUGUUUGAGUCCAAUUCGGACAGCUUCGCAGCAGUCACUCAGACGUGCGAGAAAAAGAAGGCAAUGGUUGACGGAAAAAGGGUGUCGGUGGUGGACACACCUGAUUGGUUCAACUCAGAGCAGACUCCAGAUGAAGUAAGAGCUCAGAUCUCCUCAUGCAUUGCUCUGUCCAGCCCCGGUCCUCACGCCUUCCUUUUGUGCGUCCCGCUGGACCAGCCGGCAAAGACAGAGCUGCAGGCCCUCUCGGCACUUGCGAAGGUUUUUGGCCCAGAGGCGGUGCAGAAGCACACCGUGGUCCUCUUUACAUAUGCAGAUCGACUGAGGGAAAGCGGCAAAGCAGGAGGCAAGAGCGUGGAGGAAUACAUCGCCAGCCAGAGGGGGGAUUUGGUAAAGCUGGUGGAAAAGUGCACAGACAGGUUUCACGUGAUGGAGAAGGGACAAGGUUUUAGGCAGAAAAAGAACGUGGCAGAGCUUUUGGAGAAGGUGGAUCAGACGGUGAAGGAAGCUGGAGGACAGUGUUAUUCCAGUCCUGCUUUUCAAGAGGCGGAGGACAGAGUGAGGCAGAGACAGCUGGAGAUAGCAAGGGAAAAAAAGGGCAUAAAGCAAGAGACGGCACUAAAAUCUGGGCAGCUCAGCACCAUGAGGCAGCCUCUGGCACAAAUAAAUGAGGAGAUGACAGAGGAUGAGAUUGGGAACACAAGGGAUGAGGCAGAGAUGAGUGUAAGCAACACAAACAUAGACAGCCUUCCGCCUUUUACUGCUUCCACCAUGUCACCCUCACUCCUCUGUUCUAUGAUGGAGAAAAUGGAGUCCAGUUCCAAAAUGAUAACCAAACUGUUGGGGAACAGCUCAGCGUUUUUAGGACAGGGAGCAAAACAGGUGAAGGGUAGUCCGGUGUGGGGAAAAGUUGGUAGUGGUGCCCAAAACGUCCAAAAGAUGGUGGUGGACAGUUCUAUGUGGGAAAAGAUGGGAGCUACUGCGGGUCAAAUAUCCAAAGCCGUGGGUGACAGGGUUCCCCAAAAGGUUGUGGAUGGUUCUGCGUGGGUGGGAUCUGGGGCAAAAGCUGUGACUGCAAGUCCAAUGUGGGGAAAAAUGGGUUCAGGGGCCAAACUGGUGGCCAAUAGCUCGAAGCAUGUCGGAGCUGGGCUCGGAACCAGAGCAAAGAAUCUGGCUAAGAGCCCCUUGUGGGGGCAGGUGGGUUCUGGUGCCAAAACUGGAGCUAAACUGAUGGCAGAUGGUUCAGUGAAGGUUGGAGCUGGGAUCAGUGCUGGUGCAAAGAAGAUGGCACAGAAUCCCGUUUGGGGGAAGAUGGGUUCUGGAGUCAAAUCAAGGGCCAAAAUGGUGAAAGAGAGCUCAGUCUGGGGAAAAAUGGGAGAUGCUGCCAAACAGGUGCCGAAGACUGUCAUCAUUGGUGCAAUCCUGGGUCUGGUUCUUGGUGUGAUUUUGGCCGGCGUGAUAGGUGGGGCUGUCGGGACAGCUGCUGGAUCUGGAGUUAGUGAGGUGGUCCGGCGCAAAUUCAGCAAGGAAAAUGCAUCAGAUGGAACCAGAAACAGUCAGACGCCAGUGAGCAGCAGCAUCGGUGGCACGCAACUCAAGAAAACAAAAUAAAAGACUGGAAUGGACUAUUCAUGCUAAAUUUACAGCAGUGGAAAAUUAUCCAUUGGGAUCAUCAUCUUAUGAAUAACUGCUUCAUCGAUGAUUUUUCUGGCAUCUAUGCUUUGUCUUAUUUUAUUUCGGUUCAGCUUUGUCCCAAUAUUUGUACAUAGUGAAAUCUGUGCAUGUUGGUAAUUAAAGUAGAUUGAUAUUCAGGUUUUUGUGUAUAUA